AUGAAGGCAUCCCUCGUUCUCUCCGUCCUGGCGUGCGCCCUCUCGGCCACGGCCUCCAGCAUCCGCCGCAAGCACUCUAACGACGCCGACAACGGCGCGGAGGGCUUCACCCACCACGGGGACACUUCUCACCUGUCCAAGUACGAAUACCACAAGCAUUACAUUGAAGAAACCAAUGAAAACCCGUAUGAAGGCAAGGCUGCGAAGUGCGUCCCCCGCAGCAAGCUCGAGGUCCUUCUCGACCAGUACAUCUCGACCUUCUCAGGUAUCGAAGACGGCGGCAGGACGGCCAGGAAGACCUUCGACGAGGACCUCAAGAUCUACUCCCAGACCCGAUGGUGGAUAACCACUGCCGUAAGCGGUGGCCUUGAGAAGAAUAUCGAGAAAUGGGCCAAGGCCGACAGUUUUCCCCCGAUCUUUGAAAAUCGCGCCCAGUUCAUCAAGGCUUCCAUCCGCAAGAAUAAUCCUAACCAAUGGAAGAGGGAACUAGUCAUCUACGGUUGCAAUACAUUCACCUUCUUCUGGAAGGGCGACUUUUCCAUCCCUGAGUACCCAACCGUAAGCCGCACCUAUGGCAUCCACAUGGUGUUCGUGAACCCUAAGACCAGCAGGGUCAAUAGGGUGUACUCAGAGUAUAACUCGCUGAACCAUAUGUAUAACCUUGGCGCUCAUAUCACUUGGGCUAAGGAUCCCGUGUGCUGCGAUUGCUCUCCCUUUGUUACUAGUUGCAAGUGUCCUAUUAAACGCUAG